AUGGACAACGGGGUCUCCCAUGAGGAUCAGAGUUUCCGAGAGAAGGAAUUAGAUGAAAUAGCCAGGAAAAUUUCAGACCUUGACAAAUGGAGGGAAAUCUUUAGUUAUCACCGGUUGGAAAUCAACAGUGCAACCCAUCAGGUCCUUCAUUCACUUCCUGAACCCUCUAUCAACUCGAAAUGGGGCAGCUUUCCUGUCUCCCUAGCAAUGGCCAUGGGCCUACGAAAGAUCCUGUUUGGAAAUACAGUACAUAUCUUUAAUCAUGGCUGGAAAAAGUCAUAUUUCAAGUUCCAAGAACCUUCUUCAGAUCUGUCCUAUGCUUUGGAAAUAGGAAAGGGUGGGUCCAGAGCAAUCCAAAUGGCUGUGCAGGUGAACAUCCUCAAAUACCUUUUAUUUACAAGGAGUGAAAAAGGCAGCGAUUUUUUCAGUUUAUGCAGAACAAACUGUCGAGAACAGAAAGAGGCCCUCUCAGCAGCUCUGGUAGAUAGUCUGUGGACAGCAGGGGAAAGACAAAAAGUCAUCAUCUGUGUCAACACAUCAGAAACUUAUUUUCCCUCCACGAGGGACUUCCAAGCAGACGGCUUGAUUGAGCGACUCCAGCUAUUUGAGUUUUUAGAGAAGGAAGAUGCCAAGAAAUUCAUCUAUGAUCAUUUACAAUGGUUCAAAGGGGAAGGAAGCCAUGGAGUUAUCUUAUUUCUUUACAGUUUGCUCUUCUCUAGAACAUUUGAAAGGCUUCAGAAGGACCUGGAUAUCAGCACAACUCAUCUGUUACAGGCACAGGGUGGAGAUCUCAUUUGCAGGCAGGCAGUUCUAAACCUCAUAUUAACAGGACGAGCAAGUCCCCAUGUCUUCAAUGGCUACCAGCAAGGAAGUUCUCAAGACCUCCUGCAUGGAGUCCUGGCCCGCAGCGAUGUAGGCUAUUUACGAUGGAAGAAGGACAGCAGGGAGCAGCCAAACCUGUCACAGGUUGGAAGCAUGCUGAAGACUCCAAAAUUCCCCAUCUGGCUGUGUAGCAUCAAUGGAACAUAUAGCAUCCUUUUUAGUGACAACAAGCUGCUAUUAUCUGACUGGAAGAUGGAGCAUCUCUUUGGUCUUUAUUUUUAUACUGGUGAUCUCUCCCAGAAAAAGGCAGCCUAUCUUACAGUAGACACUCAUUCUCACCACUGGGAAGAAGUCCAACAGAAUGAGAAUUGUGUCCCGGAACGACCAGUGGAGAUGGUGAUAAGGACAAAAUGGAAAGGGGCGUCUGUCAACUGGAAUGGAACUCUUCCAUUUUUCUGA